CCAGCAGGUGCAUAAAGGAGCCGUUCCCCAUUGGCUGCCCUUGUCAGAGACGAGAGCGUCUUGCUGACUAAUUAAUGUAAUGACAAUAAUAGACCCAAAGUAAACAAGGUGGAAAAAGAAAAUCAAUGGGCUCAGAGCAGAGGCCGCACUGAGCAGGGAGCAGCGCUGGCGGCACCUCAGCCCGGCAGGAGAGGCACGGCGCAGCGCGGCGCGGAGCUCCAUCUCGAUUUCUGCAGCCAUACAGGGAGCCCAAAAGCACAAGGAGGAGGUUGGCCCCAUCAACCAGAACCAAACAGCUCUGAGUUUUAAAGCAGGUCUGAGCUUGCUCUGCAUUCCCACGUAUAACUCUUGGAGCAACAGAGGGAGAGGAGGAAACCUGAACGCGGGGCUGUGCGUGGAGGUGUGAAAGGUGACCCACAGGCAGCCCAGUCAUGUCGGGCAACAAAACCUCCAAGCAAAAGCCUUGCCACCACUGCAACAGCCGUUCGGCCUCGGCCCCGCCGGGCACCUCCACGAUCCACUACGAGAAGUCCUGGCUGUACCGGCACUGCUCCCUGCAGCAGAGGGACAGGCAGGCUCAGAAAUCGGGGCGGCUCUUCUCGGGGCUGCUGGCCCUGAACGUGGUGUUUCUGGGCAGCGCCUUCAUCAGCAGUAUGAUCUUCAACCACGUGGCCAUCACGCUGGCGGACGUCUGGAUCCUGCUCUCCAUCCUCAAGGUCUUGUGCCUGUGCUGGAUUAUCUACUACCUGCUGGGCACCAGCCGGCAGCCACACGCCGUGCUUUACCGGGACACCCAUGCUGGGCCUGUCUGGAUUAGGGGGUCACUGCUGCUGUUCGGCACUUUCAGCAUCCUCCUGAACGUCUUUCAGAUCGGCUACAGCGUCAUUCAGAUCAACUGCAAAUCCAAGGUGGAAAUUGUGUUCCCCAGCAUUGAAAUUCUGUUUGUUGCCACCCAGGCAUUUUUCCUAUGGCAUCACUCUAAGGACUGCAUUCAAGUUCAGCACAACCUCACCAGGUGCGGGCUGAUGCUGACCAUUGCCACCAACCUUCUGCUCUGGCUCCUGGCGGUGACCAAUGACUCCAUCCACAUGGAGAUCGAAUCCCAGCUGCGAGAGGUGGAGCAGCGCCUGGCAGGCAAUGAGACGGACUCGUGCGCGUGCCCAAACACAACCACCUGCAAAGUCUUCCAGAAGGGCUACAUCCUGCUCUAUCCCUUCAACACCGAGUACUGCCUCAUCUGCUGCUCUGUGCUGUACGUCAUGUGGAAGAACGUGGGGAGACGCAUCAGCCACCACCACAUGGCUCAUGUCAAGCCCAAAUUCAAGCUGCAAGGAGUGGUCUUUGGGCCACUGCUGGGUGCUGCUGCCGUGAUCAUUGGGAUCUGUGUCUUCAUGAUGUACCAGAUCCAGGCCACCGGCUCAGCCCCCAAUUACCAGGUCUUCGUGCUGUAUUAUUCCUACUACAUCGUGCUCCUGCCCCUGAUGUGCGUGGUUGCAAUUGUUGGGACGAUCAUCCACACCUUGGAAAAAAGGGAGCUGGACACACUGAAGAACCCAACCCGCAGCCUGGAUGUGAUCCUGCUGAUGGGAGCAGCCCUCGGCCAAAUUGCCAUGUCCUACUUCUCCAUUGUCGCCAUUGUGGCCACCGACCCCAGGGACAUGUUGAACAGCCUCAUCCUGUCCUAUUCUGUCCUCCUCAUCUUUCAGUACAUCACCCAAAACAUCUUCAUUAUCGACGGGCUCCAGCGGCAGCCAUUUGUAGCAGCAGAGGCCCCGCACACAGCGCAUGCUGGGCAGCUUUCCGUGGUCCCAGAGCUGCCUGGGGAAGAGACAACCACAGCAAGCAGCAAUCAGGAGCAUGCACAGACCCCUCCCAGCAAGGAGGAAGAAGUGAACGAAGAGCACAACCGUGAAGCCCACGACCAGAGACGAGUGAGCGUGCUGGAGCUCGGGCAGGAGUUCCGCAGAGUUUCUCUAUCCUAUAUCCACACCUACUCCCACCUGAGUUGGAAGAGGAAAGUAUUAAAGGAGAUCUCGUUCUUCUUGGUUCUUUGCAACAUCAUACUGUGGAUCAUGCCCACGUUUGGGGCUCACCCUGUGUUUGAGAAUGGGCUGCAGAAGUCGUUUUAUGGCUACUCCACCUGGUUUGCCAUUGUGAACUUCGGGCUCCCGCUGAGCGUGUUCUACCGGAUGCACUCGGUCGGGGGCCUCCUGGAGGUCUACGUCUCAGCCUGAGCCAAGCGGAGGCAGCGGUGAAACGAGACUGAACCAAGAUGCAGUAAGCAGCAGACACGCACGUGGAAGCUUUUCAGCUUUUUCUCUCCAGCUUCUGCUUUGACUUCUCCUUGCGCAGCACCUCCACGAGCUUCGGAAGAAAAGGAGGUUGUUUUGUAUUACCGUUUUUUUUCUCCAUUGAGAACAGAAUGAAAACUCAUUAACAAGCUGCCUCACUGCUCUACAGAAGCAUGCUGGUACUUCUCAGUAUCUGCCAACGGACGCUGUAUGGUAAAAAGUGGGACUUUACCAGCUGCUACUGAAAUCUCCCAGAUAAAAGAAUGCAAAAAGCAGCAAAGGCUGAGCUACACUGCACAUAAGAUCAACAUCCACAGCCAAGGGCCACCAGCCCCACCACUGCUUGCCAACCCACCACCCCGCAGCACAGAAAGGCCCUAGCAGCACCAGGCACUCUAGAAGCACACCCACAAUCAUUCAGAAAUGAACCAAACAUAUGCUCUUUUCAGGUAAUUUCCAAAUGGAUUGCUAUGCUGGUAGCUGCUGUAAUGGCCAGCACAGGUUAAUUUUGCUUGUUCCUGGUGCUGACAUCCAGCGUAACAACUUGUGCAAAUCUUGUAGGACUCUGCUGCACUGGAACACCAGGCUCUUGUGGCUCUCAGUACUGAAGAGCAGGACAGGCCUGUAGGCUUGCACCAGCUUGGUGCAUCUUUUCCCGCUAUUGAAAAUGGAAGCUAUAAUAUUACUUUGCCUUAAUGAGAAUAAACACUAUUUCACUUUAAGGGUGCUCACAGACUCAAGUAAGAAGCACUAGGGAAGUGCAGUGGGUGACCUUUACUUGAUGCUACUUAAGAUGUUCUCACCAUUGUGCACUAGCAAAGGUCCCAGCCUCACACGCAGAGCCAGUUCAAGAAAGACCCACUGCCAAGCCUCCUGCAAAUCCUUCCCCACCCCAACACUUAUCCCCACAGCUGCUUUGUGCACCCACAAGCAUCUCACAAGGUCCACACAGAGGAAUACAGUUACGUGGUGUCUGACCAACCAACUGUUGCAUGCACCCUGCAGGAGACGCUUGCUUGGAAAGCACACAGGAUAGCAAGGGGUGCUCGCAACUGGGGGUCUUAAAUACAGACUCUGAUGAAUGAAAAUAAAGACAGAUUGAGAACUUGUG